GGGAACUAAAGGAGGAGGAGGUUAGCCGAGGCAGCUACAGCGGCGGCGGCGCAGGGGCUGGUACGCGCUGGGCGGCGAGAGCCUCAUGGCGGAGGAAGAGAGCGACCAAGAGGCCGAACGCCUCGGAGAAGAGCUCGUGGCCAUUGUGGAGUCCCCGCUAAGCCCUGUGGGGCUUAGAUCCGCGGGCGACACCAGCGGCUGCAGUGGCGGUGGCGGCGGCGGCGGCGGCGGUAGUGGUGGCGGCGGCGGCGUUGGGAUCAGCAGUCGGGAUUACUGCCGACGUUUCUGUCAGGUGGUUGAAGAUUAUGCUGGACGAUGGCAGGUCCCUUUGCCACAGCUUCAGGUUCUUCAAACUGCACUUUGUUGUUUUACAUCAGCCAGUGCAUCAUUCCCGGAUGAAUGUGAGCACGUACAAUAUGUUUUGAGUAGCCUUGCUGUGAGUUUCUUUGAGUUGCUGCUGUUCUUUGGAAGAGAUGAGUUUUAUGAAGAGCCCUUGAAAGAUAUUCUUGGAUCAUUCCAGGAAUGCCAGAAUCACCUCCGCAGAUAUGGAAAUGUGAAUCUGGAACUGGUGACUCGAAUCAUUAGAGAUGGUGGCCCAUGGGAAGAUCCAGUAUUGCAAGCUGUUCUUAAAGCCCAGCCAGCAUCUCAGGAGAUAGUGAACAAAUAUUUGAGUUCUGAAAAUCCACUGUUCUUUGAACUACGUGCCAGAUACCUAAUUGCCUGUGAACGCAUACCCGAAGCAAUGGCUCUUAUUAAAUCUUGUAUAAAUCACCCAGAAAUCAGUAAAGAUUUGUACUUCCAUCAAGCACUCUUCACAUGUCUCUUUAUGUCACCUGUGGAAGAUCAGCUAUUCCGGGAGCAUUUACUGAAAACUGAUUGUAAGAGUGGAAUUGAUAUCAUCUGUAAUACUGAAAAAGAAGGAAAGACUAUAUUAGCUUUGCAACUCUGUGAAUCUUUUCUUAUUCCACAGCUCCAGAGUGGGGAUAUGUAUUGUAUCUGGGAGUUGAUUUUCAUAUGGAGUAAACUACAGCUUAAAUGUAAUCCUUCAAAACAAGUUUUUGUAGAUCAAUGCUACCAGCUUUUAAGAACAGCAACUAAUGUGAGAGUCAUAUUUCCUUUCAUGAAAAUCAUUAAAGAUGAGGUUGAAGAAGAAGGCUUGCAAAUUUGUGUUGAAAUUUGUGGUUGUGCUCUGCAACUCGACCUUCAUGAUGAUCCCAAAACUAAAUGUCUGAUUUAUAAAACAAUUGCACAUUUUUUGCCAAAUGAUUUGGAGAUCCUCAGGAUUUGUGCACUCUCAAUAUUUUUUCUUGAGCGCUCCUUAGAAGCUUAUCAUACUGUUGAAGAGCUUUACAAACGUCCAGAUGAAGAAUAUAAUGAAGGCACAAGUAGUGUUCAAAAUCGUGUUCGUUUUGAGUUACUUCCAAUUUUGAAAAAAGGAUUGUUUUUUGAUCCUGAAUUUUGGAACUUUGUAAUGAUUAAGAAAAACUGUGUAGCAUUACUGAGCGAUAAAUCAGCAGUGAGAUUUCUAAAUGAAAGUACACUGGAAAAUUCUGCAGGUAAUCUAAAAAAGACAAUGGAACAACAAAGUUUCAAUGAACAGCUUGAUUCUCUUACAGAUCAGAGCCCUGGAGAGACUGAUUUUUAUGAUACAUCUGCAGUACAAUCUAAAGGUUAUAUUAAUACAAAGAAAAACCUUACAGCUCUUAAUACUUCCAAAGUAGAUCACAGUGUCCCAAGACAUCGAUGUAUGUUAUGUAACAAGGAAUUCCUAGGUGGUCACAUUGUAAGGCAUGCCCAAGCUCAUCAGAAAAAAGGCAGUUUUUCAUGUGUAAUAUGUGGUAGGAAAUUUAGAAAUAGAGGACUUAUGCAGAAGCAUUUAAAGAAUCAUGUUAAGAAAAUGCAGAGGCAGCAAAUUGCUGCAUCUCAACCAGAUGAUCAGGAAAUUACUAUUUUGGAAGAAAUAAAUUGUUCUAAUUCUUCCAUUUCAUUCGAAAAUGGAAAUUCUGAUAGUAAGGAUUUGGAAGAAGGAACUCUUACUGCUUCUGGCAAUGGAAAUAAAGAAGUCCUUCCUGAGCAUGUAGCUGAAUUCAUUGAAAUUCCUAUAAAUGUACCAGAGAAUGUUACUGAAAACAUUGUUGAAAAUGGGAGUCCUGAUACUUCUUUAAAUAAUGUCUCAAAGCCUCUACCAGAAUGUGAGGAUGAUUAUGAGGAGGAAGAAGAUGAAGAAGGUGAUUAUGAAGAAGAUGAUUAUGAUCUGAAUCAAGAAACUUCAAUACUUCAUAAAAUCAAUGGAACUGUGUGCCAUCCAAAAGAUAUUUAUGCCACAGAUCAAGAAGGAAACUUCAAGUGUCCCGCUCUUGGCUGUGUGAGGAUUUUUAAAAGAAUUGGAUUUCUAAAUAAACAUGCAAUGACUGUACAUCCAACUGAUUUAAAUGUGCGACAAACAGUAAUGAAAUGGAGCAAAGGAAAAUGCAAAUUUUGUCAAAGGCAAUUUGAAGAUUCUCAACAUUUUAUAGAUCACCUUAAUAGACACAGCUAUCCAAAUGUGUACUUUUGUUUGCAUUUUAAUUGCAAUGAGUCAUUUAAGCUGCCAUUCCAACUUGCCCAGCAUACACAAAGUCAUAGCAUAUUUCAAGCUCAGUGUAGUUUUCCAGAGUGCCAUGAGCUUUUCGAAGAUCUUCCUCUGCUAUAUGAACACGAAGCUCAGCACUAUUUAAGUAAAACACCAGAAUCAUUGGCACAACCAAGUGAAACCAUUCUUUGGGAUGUUCAUACAGACUCAAAUCCUAAUCAUCAGGAAAAAGACUCAUCUAGUAAUGAGAAACAAACUGUUAAUUUGCCAGUUGCUACUAAUAAAUCAAGGAAAGAUUCUACAGAACCAAAGACACGUAUAGAAAGUAUGGGAAAGAAAACAGACAGUUUAGUUCAGAAUGGGAAUGAACAUUCUGAUGACACUGUUUCAAAUAUAAGCUUCAUAGACCAAAAGAUGCCUGACAUAGAGCCAAAUUCUGAAAAUAAUUGUACCAGUAGUGAUUUAGUUAAUGGACACAGUGAAACAGAGCAAACGCCUUUAGUUUCAUCAGAUCCUGCUUUAAAAAUUGAUACAAGUAGAAUCAGGACAGAAAAUGGUUCCAUUUUAUCCAGUGCUGUAACACAAGAACAUAAUACUUUGCCAGUAUCUCAGGCACCUUCCAAACCAAAUCUGACAAGUGAACAUACUACAUAUGGCUUAAUUUUAACAAAACCAUAUGUCAGACCAUUGCCUCCCAGUUACCUUGAUGAACGGUAUCUCAGUAUGCCAAAACGCAGAAAAUUUGUGACUGAUAGAGUAGAUGCUUGUUCUGAUCAAGAUAACAUUUAUAAAAAAUCAGUGAAAAGAUUUAGAUGUGGCAAAUGCUUGACCACCUACUGUAAUGCAGAAGCACUUGAGGCUCACCUUGCACAAAAGAAAUGUCAGACACUCUUUGGAUUUGAUUCAGAUGAUGAAAGUGCCUGAUAAAAAUAUUUCAGAAAGAUCUGUCGAUCAAGCAGUAGUGUGAAAAAAGCACUAUAAGAAAAUGCAUCAUCAGUUUGCUAUUUCUCUGAUGGCCUUAAUUUUAGAGUGGUCUCGGAUUACUAAAGACAAAGCACAUUUUCUAGAAUGAACUCACAGAGGAGAUGUGCUGGCUUAGACUCCAAAAGGGUUAUUAUAAAACUCCCAAAGUACCAGUUUUCCAGAAAACCACAUUAAAAAAAAAAAAAAUUAUGAUGAUUAAUAGCAGCAUGUUCAGUUUCGCUUAUGUGAGAAACAUGUUCAGGCAACUAGUCAGAAAAACCAGCUAUGGCCUUACAAAGGGAAAAGUUAAUCCAUUAUUAAAGGGGGGGGGUUUACAAUAAUAACUUAUUUUAUUCUACAAAUGAGAUUUGUUUUCUUAUAAUACAUAAUCAGAUUAUGUCUUCCCUUCUGGUCAAACAUAGUUUAAGGAACCAUUGGUAUUUGGUUUGGGUUUUCAUUUGAAACUGAUACAUGAAAAUAAAACUUACAAUCAUGUUAUCUAUUAAAGAUUGUAACUUAUUUCCAGAUAAUUUAACUAGGUUAAAGAUCGAUGAAUUAAUGGCAUGCCAGCUUUGAAAAUGGAAAAAACAAAGAAAUAGUGCUUUGCUAAUGAGCUCUUGAUGGAACCUUCCUCCAACAACUUUUGUAUUACACAUCUUUCAGUUGAUGUGUAAUACACAGCAGUGUUGAUUAAGUAGAAAAGGUACCAUCUGUAACUGGGGAGAGAUGGGAGCUAAUACGAUGACAUGCUAUAUAGUUGAAGGAAAACAAUGAAUUAGAAAUUCUUCAAUGUGAAUAAUGGUAAAAGCACACUGGGAUAUUUCUGUUUGUAUAUAGUACUAGGACAUUGCUUGAUGAUUCAUAGUAAGGUCCUUUAGGCAUUAAUGUGAUAUAUCUAAGAACAGUCCCAUAAAUAUAACUGGCUUAAAAACUCUGUCAGCUAAGAAUCAGGUUGAGAAUUCAUUGAUUUUACUCAAUUAGGAGAGUUAAUUCUAAAAUAAGCCAUACUACUGUUUUUUUUAUUCAUUAGUGAUAAAUUUGGUCUGAAUAGUGAUUUUUAUAUAUAAAAGGAAGUAUUUACAAAAAAAUUUGCACAGCAAGAAUACAGUAAGAGACACACUGAUAUAUUGUUUUCCUCAGUGACUAGUAAGACUUUAACUUUAGUCAGUAACUUGUUAAAAUAAUGUUUUUUAAAAUACCCUCUCAGAUGAUUUCCAUUUGUCCAUUAUUGAAGAGGAUUCUUAAAGACCUCUUUUUACUUAAUGAUGUGUUCAUAUCAACAGAGAUAAAAAGAACAAAAAUAAAAGGCGAAUUCUUUAAAAACAGACCUACUAAUGCAUACCCAUGUCAAACAAAUAUUCCAGUUAUUCCAAAUGAGAGAGGUUUUUGAUUAAAGCAGAUAAUCCUCAUCAGAUCCUAUUAUCAAUAUGACAGUAUUAGAGCUUCUUUAAUGAGGUUACUAGAAGUGGGACAUUUCUUCCAGGGCAGCACCCAGAUUUUAUUACAUUAAAAUUUCCAGGUUAUGAUAGAGCAAAUGAUCUAAAAAUAUUUCCCAAUUUUAUUAGUUUAUUUAUUUUUAGCAUUCACUACUAUGCAAUGAUGGUCAUAUGCCCAUUCCAAAUUUAAGUUUGUUUUUGUUAUGUAGCCUAUAUUAGGCUGUGGAACUUACAUUUAGAUAACAGAUAACUAAAUACAACUCAUAAUCAAAUGUUUAAAUCCUUUCUUUAAGGUCAACUAAAAAAAAAGUUUUCCAUUUUUUUCCUGAUAUUAAAAAUGUAAUGAUUAAGUUUAUUUCAGUGCAUUCUAAAAGUACAUCUUAUAAUAAAAAGUCUGUUUGGAAACUAAUUUAUUUGGACAAUGAAUUUUUUUUUGAAAUGUAAUUUCUGCUUUGUACAUUUUCCAGAAGUUUGACAACUUAACAUUUUAUAUCUUUAAUUUUUAUUUUUUACAAGUUGUGACCAUUGACAUAAUGCCCAUAAAGUGUUAAAUUUUCACUAAUUUGAGAAGUUCAUGCAAAGAUGUUUUAAACAUACUCUACUUGUUAUUUUUUUUUGUCUUUAAUUUGAGGUUUCUUUCUACUUCUGUGUUACGAAGAGAAAACUAUUUCUAAAAGAUUGAGAUCAAAUUGGUUUAUAUAUAACUAAACCGAAGAAUGUUUUAUAAAAUUCUGUUUGGCCACACUGUUCUAACCUCCUUAUUUGUAUUUUUCUCAAAUAAUGGCUAAUGAAAGAAAGUGUACAUUUUGUUAUGUCUGUCAUCUAAAAUGUAAAUCAUCUUGCUUUCUUAGGGUGCAUAAACUUCCAACAGUUCUAAUUUCAGAUUCAGAAGAAAAGGAAGCUUUCUUUUUAUUCCUCUGAAUUUUCUCUUUCUCUUCUUUUCUAUUCCUGUUUUCAGGAUGUAUCUUACAUGGACCAAGUUUCAAAUCCUUGUUUUUAAAUAAAAUGUCUUUCAAAAAAUUAAAUAUUAACUUUCUGCAUGUAUCAGUAAGGUCAAGAAAAAAUAGCAAAUCUGAAUUUUUGCUGCUCAUAUAUUAUGGAGGAAGUUGAAAAGGGGAAUUUCCGUGGACAAGGACACUGGUACUUUGGGCUUUAGCCAUAUUCAUUUUUUUAAAACCACAAAUUAUAUAAUGCGUCGAUAACUUAUAUCACUGAACUUGUGAUUCUUUUCAAAUCACACUGAAGGUUCAGCCGUACUCCUUUCAUGUUUGGUUUAAUACUAUUGUAUGGAUGAAAAAUCUAAAAGGGAUGAUAGUGUUUAUUUUUUAAUUUAUUUGGUACUGUAAAACACCUUUUCAGAAUGAGUAAAUGCUGCAUAUGCAUUUUGGAAUUGUUAAUAUGUGAAAGAUAUUACAGAUUCAGCAAGAAAGGAAAUUUGUGCUUCCUUGUUGAACAUUAAAUUAUUUUACUUUGCAUUUUAUAAGAGUACAAAUUAAAACUGAGCCAUUGAACUGCAAUAAAUCAACAAUAGUGUCUCAUUUCAAGAAAUUUUUUGUACUGUACAUAGAUUUGUUCAAUAAAACAUUGUCCUUGUUGGUAA